AUGGUUGUUAUUGUAGGCGCAGUUUCAGUUUUUUUAUCUACCUCAGCUAAACCCAACAAUAUUUUGUUAGCAGCCAUUGAGAAUACUGAUGCUGUGUCAUUGCCAAAAAAAACAAAAUUAAAAGCCAUGUGUACAACUCGGUGGGUUGAGCGUCAUGACUCAAUUAUUACUUUUCGUGAACUUUUCCCAUAUAUCGUGAAUGCUCUUGAUAUAAUUGAAGAAGAUUUUGACCGUGAUGUAUCAACUAAAGCAGUAAGCUUCAGUUCUUCCAUAAAAAGAAGCGAUUUCCUUGUCAAUUUAGAAAUAGUUGCAAAUUUGUUUUCCUACACUAAAGAUUUAAGUAUUAGACUACAAAGUCCAAAACAAGAUUUAUCUAGUGCAUUCUCACAUUUUAAAGAAGUAAUUCAAAUAUUUGAAGCGAAGAGAAAUAACUGUGAUGAAGAAUUUUCAAUCUAUUUUAAAAAUGCAUCUGAAGUAGCAUCAAAAAUUGGAGAAGAAAUAAAAAUUCCUAGGCUGUGUGGUCGGCAAACAAAUAGAAAUAAUAUUAAGACGUCAAAUCCUGAAGAUUGGUUCAGAAUUACUAUUUAUAUUCCCUUUAUUGACCAUUUUAUAACAGAAUUAAAUUCAAGAUUUAAUGAUAGGUUCAAAGAUAUUAUUCCAUUAGAAGGAUUGAUCCCUGCUAACAAUAAUAAGUAUAAAACAGAAGAGAUAUUAAAAGCGGCAUUAAUGUAUGAUGAAGAUAUACCAGCUAAUUCUCACUUGGAAAUACAAGCUGAAUUAGAACUCUGGAAGACGAAAUGGGCCAACACAGAAAAUCCAAAGCCCCAAACUGCGGUUGAAACAUUGGUACAUUCAACAGCUGAAAGAUCAUUUUCUUCCCUAAGAAGACUGAAAAAUUACAUGAGAUCUUCUAUGACAGAAGACAGGCUAAAUGGGUUAGCAGUGCUGCAUAUACAAUAUACAUAA